AACUUGUUUGACCAUUAGAGAGUGACCGAUAAAACCUGCACUUGUAACAUACAACUCUCGAUCAGAACUUGAAAGUCGACGAGGAAGAAGAAGAAGAAGAAGAGAGAAUUCUAGUUCUACUACCAUGGCGAAGAGGCCUGUCAAGUAUUAUGUGGUCGAUGCCUUCGCUGAUUCGGCAUUCAAGGGGAAUCCUGCGGCGGUUUGCUUUCUCGACGGCGACGAGGACGAGAGAGACGAGCCUUGGCUUCAGUCUCUCGCCGCUGAAUUCAACAUCUCCGAGACAUGUUUCCUCACUCCGAUCGCCGGCUCCGCUUUUCCUCGCUUCCGUCUCCGGUGGUUCACUCCCGCCACCGAGGUGGAUCUCUGUGGUCAUGCAACGUUAGCAUCUGCUCACGCCCUCUUCUCAAACGGGUUGGUCAAUUCCGAGAUCGUCGAGUUUGCCACAAACUCUGGCAUUCUAACGGCUAAAAGAAUUCCAGACAACUCAGAGUUCCAUGGCGGUGGUGAAGUGAAAGAGGAAUCCUUUUUCAUCGAAUUGGACUUCCCUGUAAUUCAGACACGUGAAUACAGUUCCAGUGAUGUCUCCAUGUUGUCCAAAGCAUUGAAUGGAGCCACCAUUGUUGAUGUCAAACAAUGUACAUCAGAUAUAAUCAUCGCCGUGCUUCCAUCAUGGGAAUCUGUCGAUGAACUGCAGCCAAGAAUCGACGAGAUAGCGAAAAUCCCUGGCCAAGGGAUAAUUGUGACAGCUGCUGCUCCUGCGGGAUCUGCCUACGAUUUCUGUAGUCGAUACUUUGCCCCACAGUUAGGGAUUGAUGAGGAUCCUGUUUGCGGAAGUGCUCAUUGUGCAUUGGCGCAUUACUGGAGCCUCAAGCUCAACAAGUGUGAUUUCCUUGCUCAACAGGUGUCGAGAAGGGGCGGGACGUUGAGGAUUCAUUUGGACAUGGAGACGGAGAGAGUCCAGCUCCGGGGCAAAGCUAUUACUGUCAUGGAAGGCCGUAUCUUGGUUUAAUAACGCCACAUCAUCAUCACCUUGUUGACUAAACAAUGAUUAAAUAAAUGUCGCCUCCAAUAACUCCUAAUAGUAAUUUUGAUAAAAAAUAAUAAUAUUAAAUGGUCGCA